UUUGCUUUGCGACACAUGCGCUGACACUGCGAAUCACUCACUCUUGCACCAUGCCGUCGUGGGCGCCUCUGACCAAGGAGCAGCUGGAGCAGCGGCGCAUCGUCAAUGUCAACGCCGAGACUGUCUCCAACGUUGCAUCCACCGACGUUCCUGGGCACUAUGGACCCGCGCAGGACGACACAUGGAAUCUCGAACGAUUUCGCCAAAACCUCCAGAUCCAAUUUCACCACAACAAGCAGUUCGACUCGGCUUUUUCGCUCGUCGGGGUAGAUGCCAGCAUCGCAAAUGCCUUUCGACGAAUUCUGCUUGCAGAACUUCCUACUCUCGCCAUCGAGGAUGUCUACAUGUUCGACAACACGAGCAUCAUUCAGGAUGAGGUUCUAGCACAUCGCAUGGGUCUGAUUCCUCUAAAGGGUGGCAAAGAGGGCUUGCGGUGGAUGCAUUGGUUCAAGAAGACACCUCCCGAGAGCGAUCACGCCGCUUAUGCCCAGUUUAUGGCGGAGCAAGAAGAGGAGGGCGCAGAUCGAUCAGCAAGCACACCUUCAGAUUACAACACGGUCGUCUUGACAUUGAACGUCGAGUGUCGGUGGAAGACUAUGGAGGAGGAUGGUGUAGACGGGAAAAGGCUAGCGAAAGAAGGAUCCACCGACCCGACGGAAAAGUACGUGAACAGCAACGUCUAUGCGCAUCAGAUCCAGUUCGAGCCGCAAGGUGUCAGGCAACCAGAACUCUUUUCUGGCGAGAAUGCAAUCAGACCAGUGAACCCAGACAUUCUGAUUGCGAAGCUGCGACCCGGGCAGAGAAUCAACAUGAGGAUGCAUUGCGUGAAAGGAAUUGGCGCCGAUCAUGCCAAAUUCUCACCAGUAGCGACUGCUUCAUAUCGGCUGUUGCCAGACAUCAAGAUCACGAAGCCGAUCCUCGGCGCUGAUGCGAAAGCAUUCCAAAAAUGCUUUCCGAAGGGCGUCAUUGGAGUUGAGGACGAUGCUGAAACUGGCCAGAAGAAGGCUGUCGUGAAGAGCGCAUUCAAAGAUACCGUCAGCAGGGAAUGCUUGAGGUAUGACGAGUUCAAAGACAAAGUGAAGCUCGGGCGCAUACGCGACCACUUCAUUUUCAGCAUCGAAAGCUCAGGACAAUUCGACAGUGACGAGCUCUUCAUUGAUAGUAUCAGACUGCUGAAACAGAAAGCCCUCACUUUCAAGAGACAUCUUGAAGCAGUCGAGGAGGGACGAUAAAAGGGAUCCAAAAGUUGUAUCAUGAUUGAAUUGAAGCAUAGCGGAGGCGUUCUGGGUCACGGAAAGCAUGGCGCAGGAGCGUCUUUUGGGAAGCCACAAAUGUGUUGAUAUACCCAAAUUCAAGCGACUUCCAAUCUUCGAUCACCUUCGCACGCGCCUUCACUUUCUCUUCAACGGCUCUUGCUCACAACAGAAG